CCCAGGUAGGGCCCUCCUGGGCCUCGGCGGCCUGCCCUGAGGGGACCGGAGCCCGCCGGGCGCUCUCCUCCGCGGGUUCGUACUGCGGCCUCUCGGUGGGCGGGCGGCCUCGAGAAUCCGCGAGCGCGCCGGGCGCUCACUCUGCUGUUCGCGGUCCGAGGGAGCCGUCGUGCUGCUUCCAGCGGUGGGACUUGCGAGCGUGAGAAAGCAUGAUGUCCCAGGAAGGCAAUUAUGGGAAGUGGACAAUAUCCAGUAGUGAUGAAAGUGAGGAGGAGAACCCGCAGCCGGACAAGCCAUCUGCCUCUCUCCUCCCCGACACUGGGCAGGUGGCCGCCGGGCAGCCGAAGUACACCUGCUCCGAGGCUCGGAAAGCCGCCCACAGGAGGAAGCUGGAGCCUGUGAAAUUCAGCAGCACAGACUCAGCUUCAGAAGCUUCGCCUUGCAAAAGACAGAAGAGUGGGUCCCAGGAGGACCUGGGCUGGUGUCUGUCCAGCAGUGAGGACGAGCUGCCUCCAGAGCAGCAGCAGGAGCAGGCGAAGGACCCGCGGGUGAAAGAGGAGAAAGGCCCCCCUUCUCCCAGGGACCGUGCGGCUCGGGGAGCUGGGCCUCACGGCCCCCCCACCAGCCAUGGGUUCCCGGACGAGGAAGAUGAGCAGGAAAUGUCAGGGGAAGGCCAGGACAUCUGGGACUUGCUGGAUAAAGGGAACCCCUUCCAAUUCUACCUCACGAGAGUCUCCGGGAUUAAGCCCAAGUAUAACACGGGAGCCCUCCACAUCAAGGAUAUUUUAUCUCCUCUCUUUGGGACACUUGUUUCUUCAGCUCAGGAUGAGUCGUUAGCUUCAGGAGAGGGGCCAGGGAUUACCCAGGCAUGGGGAGGACACCCACAGUUUAACUACUGCUUUGACGUGGACUGGCUCGUAAGACAGUAUCCACCAGAGUUCAGGAAGAAACCAGUCCUGCUUGUGCAUGGUGACAAACGGGAAGCAAAGGCUCACCUCCUGGCGGAGGCGAAGCCUUACGGGAAUGUCACCCUCUGCCAGGCAAAGUUGGAUAUUGCGUUUGGAACACAUCACACGAAAAUGAUGCUUCUGCUGUACGAGGAAGGCCUCCGGGUUGUCAUACACACCUCCAACCUCAUCCGCGAGGACUGGCACCAGAAAACACAGGGAAUAUGGUUGAGCCCCUUGUACCCCCGAAUCGUCCACGGGACCCACGGAUCUGGAGAAUCGGCCACACACUUCAAAGCUGACCUCAUCAGCUACCUGGCAGCUUAUAACGCUGCCCCUCUCAAGGAGUGGAUAGACACCAUCCAGGAGCACGACCUCUCAGAAACAAAUGUUUACCUUAUUGCCUCAAUCCCAGGACGCUUUCAAGGAAAUCAGAAAGAUAAUUGGGGACAUUUCAGGCUUAGGAAGCUUCUGAAGGCGCACGCCUCCCCCGCGCCCGGAGCAGAGUCUUGGCCGGCCGUAGGCCAGUUCUCCAGCAUCGGCUCCAUGGGGGCAGACGAGUCAAAAUGGCUGUGCUCUGAGUUUAAAGAGAGCCUGGUGACCCUGGGCAAGGAGAGCAGGACCCUAGGAAGUGCUGCUCCUCUCCAUCUGAUCUAUCCUUCAGUGGAAAAUGUACGGACCAGCUUAGAAGGAUAUCCAGCUGGGGGCUCUCUUCCCUAUAGCAUCCAGACGGCGGAGAAACAGAAUUGGCUUCAUUCCUAUUUUCACAAGUGGUCAGCUGACACGUCAGGCCGCAGCAACGCCAUGCCACAUAUCAAGACUUACCUGAGACCCUCUCCAGACUUCAGUCAGAUCGCUUGGUUCCUUGUCACGAGUCCCCAGGUCAGGAAGAUCCCCUGGAGGAGGAAGUGGCAGCCCACUCCAGUGUUCUUGCCUGGAGAAUCCCUUGGACAGAGGAGCCUGGCGGGCUGCAGCCCACGGGAUCACACCGAGUCGAACACGACUGAAGUGACUCAGCACCCACGAAUUGCCGGCGCCAACCUGUCCAAGGCCGCCUGGGGCGCGCUGGAGAAGGGCGGCACCCAGCUGAUGAUCCGCUCCUACGAGCUCGGCGUCCUCUUUCUGCCCUCAGCGUUUGGCCUGGACAGUUUCAAAGUGAAACAGAAAUUCUUCUCCGGGAGCAGCCAGGAGCCCACAGCCUCCUUCCCUGUGCCGUACGACCUGCCUCCAGAACUGUACGGAGACAGAGAUCGACCAUGGAUUUGGAACAUCCCUUAUGUCAAAGCACCUGAUACACAUGGGAACAUGUGGGUUCCCUCCUGAGAGCAGGAAUGCUCUGUGAAGUUGACACGUAAGGCCUGAGCCCCGAACACUGGAUGUCCUUGUUUGUAACGUGUGUUCACUUCCCUUAAUGUUUUAUCUGCCCCCCAACAAAACUCUGCAAAGGUCAGUCUUUCAGACAUGAACGUUGGUUAUCCUUUCAGUGGUCACUGUUGACAUUCUCACUUGAAAAAAAAUUGUAUAUUUUCUU